AAUCACCUAUCGGUCAUGCCUCGCGAAGUUAUCUCUCUCCACGUUGGUCAGGCCGGGGUACGAGUCGGCAGCAAAACCUGGGAGUUGUACUGUUUGGAGCAUGGACUCCUGCCUGACGGUACAAUCAAUCCCUAUCACGAGGAACAACCCAGUGAUUCCACUGGAACCUUCUUCCACGAGACUGAGUCCGGCAAGGCCAUUCCCAGGGCUGUGUUCAUAGAUCUGGAGCCCACCUAUAUCGGUGAGAUCCGAAAUGGCUCAUACCGUCAACUCUUCCAUUCUGAGCAGUUAAUCUCAGGCAAGGAGGACGCAGCCAAUAACUUCGCUAGGGGGCACUAUACUGUCGGGAAAGAGAUCGUGGACAUGAUUCUUGACAGAAUCAGAAAACUGGCGGAUGAGUGCUCAAAUUUGCAAGGCUUCAUGAUUUACCAUAGCGUCGGUGGCGGCACAGGUUCGGGCCUUACUGCGCUACUUGUGGAGCGUCUCUCUGUAGAAUACCGUAAGAAGGCCAAGAUAAAUUGUGCAAUACUCCCGGGUUCCCAAAUCAGAACAGCAUUUGUAGAGCCUUACAAUGCUGUCUUGAACACGCAUUUCAUGCUAGAUCACUGUGAUGUCGGGGUAACUUUCCACAACGAGGCCCUCUUCGACAUUUGCAAGUCUCGCCUCGACCUGGAGCAGCCAACCCGGCUCAACCUCAACCACCUAAUUGCUCGGGCCUCAUCCGAGCUCACGGCGUCUCUGCGCUUCGAGAGCGAGCUCAACGUUGAUCUCAACGAAUUCCAGACCAAUCUGAUUCCUUUCCCGAGAAUGCACUUCGUCAUGCCGGCCUUGGCGCCAGUGCUGUCGGUCGGUAAGGCGCAAGGGGCGGCACUAGAUGCUUGGGAAAUCACGAAAUCCUGCUUGGAAUCAGGCAGUCAGAUGGUGAAAUGCGACCUCCUUCGUAGUAAGUUUAUGACAGUCAGCCUGUCGUACCGUGGAGAAGUGACAUCACGAGAUGUUAAUGCUGCAGUAACUCGCGUCCAAGCGAGGCCCGAUGUUCAGUUUGUAGACUGGGUUCCUGUUGGAAUCAAAGCGGGUAUUAUCAACGAAACCGUACCUACCCCUCUGUCUGGGUCCAAUAUGGCUUCAGUGAAACGGUCGGUUUUAAUGCUGAGCAACACCAUAGCCAUGGCCGAGACCUGGGCUCGUCUGGAUCACAAGUUCGAUCUGAUGUACGCCAAGCGUGCCUUCGUCCACUGGUACGUGGGAGAGGGUAUGGAGGAGGGCGAGUUCUCUGAGGCUCGUGAGGAUCUGGCAGCCUUGGAGAAAGAUUACGAGGAGGUUGCAGGAGACGUAGAUGAAGGAGAUGGGGAAGAGGAAGAGUAUUAAGGGGAAAUUGUACUCAUGAAUAUUCUGAGAGUACAGAUCACCAAGUUACAGUAAUUUGUUUGUUUGAAGUGUUAUUCAUUCCCGUCCUUCUUCAACGGAUGAGAUUAACUAUCACUGUUUAAUUAAAUAAGACGCCGAAGUGUGGUAAGUUAGGGUGAUCCUUUCAAAAACAUUUGGACAUUUUGAGGGCUUGCAUGUCCU